CUCAAACCAUAGCGGCGUCUGCGCGUUCUCGCGAGUGUAGUGUGAACCCAGUGAUAGUGAGAUGAAGUUAACGGUGGUAGUAUUGCUGCUUGCUGCGGCGAGUCAAGCAAUCGAAUUGAAGUCAACACCUAGAAGACAACAAAAGUCGGACAACACUGACAAAAGAGAAUUAGAUGAAGGAAACACUGGAAUUGAAAAGAGAGCGCCAAUUUUACCAACAGCGUCCCCAUCAGUCACACCAGGCAUCGAAUAUGCGGACUCUAAAGAAACGCAACAGAAUAAAUCACCUGCACAACAAAUCUACGCGACUCCUUUGCCGCAAAUAGCCAAGAUUUCUGAUGUGCUGACAGGGCAAGGACCGCCCUUCCAAGCGGCCAUUGCUAGCCACCUCUACGCCCCUGUGUCCGUUUACCAAACGCGGCUCGGUGCCCCGACAACUUACGAAGUAUCCCGCCCGAUAGCAUCGCAAUUAGCCUAUUCCGAACACAAGAUAUCGUACCAACCGCCACAGAACGCUAUACAAUACAGUCAACCAAUACAAUACAACCAGAAACUACAGACCCCCAAGCAGGCAAACUUUGCUCGACCAAUUAAUUUCCAACAACCUUACCAACAAAUAUUAUUUCAGCCACAGCCAGCACUAUACGCUCAUCAGCAGCAAUUAGUAUCACAACCUAUUUAUCGACAGAUUCCUCAGUUUCCUAUCCAAAUUCAGAGACCUGUACAGUAUAUUCAAAACGCAGAACCCUCGCAGCAAUAUAUACAGCAACCAAUUUAUUCGCAAGAACAGAAUCUAGUGCAAGUUGUGCCUGCUCAACCAGGAAAUACGUAUGUUCCUGAGGAACCCAGACAGUCACAGGAACAAGCCACCCAACGAGAAUCUAAGUUGGAAGCGCAGCAAGAGCAAUCUGCUGAAAAAAAUCAAAUUUCGCAACAAGAAGAGAAUCACAGUGCCCAACCACAAGGAGCAGUAAGCUACGCAAGUUUCUCACAGAACCAGCCACAGCCAAAUUUUGCGCAACAACGUCUUCAGCAAUCUGUACAAUACCAGCCCAAGCCUCAGUAUCAAGUACAGCAGCUUUACCGUGUACAGCUGCAACAACCACAGCAACAUCAACAGCAACUACUUCAAAUUCAACCUCUACAAAUCCAAACACAAAUUCAAUACCAGAAUCAACAAGUUCAGUUAGAAAACCCUCAAAAUGAACAUUCUAAAUCUACUCAAGAAAGUAUAUCUGCAGCAUCUACGAAAUCCCUGCCAGUAAACAGUGGGAGACAGAUUUCAUACUUCAGACCUGGAGUUAUAUAUCCUCAAAUUCAACAUCAACUGCCACAGGUGCAGGCUUACCAGCAAAGUCCCAAGGUUCUGGUCCAGGGUCCUCAACCAGUGCCUUUGGCGGGUCCAUCCUUUCCCCCCAUUCAAUAUUUCGGGAAAUUCGCUCAAUCAAUUUUCGGUGGCUAUCAUCAUCAAUAAGAUUAUAGAAA